CCACCAUCUCCUCCUCUUCCUCCCUUCCAUGGCAACGGUUACUUCCCUCUUUCUCUCUCUACUCUACCUCGCCUCCGCCGCCGCUAUUUUAGCUACCUUUUCAUCUGCCCAGACUAGUGAUUUCACUUCGAUGGAGAUCCGGGCGCUGACGUCGUUCAAACGCAAUCUCCACGAUCCCUUGGGUGCUCUUGACGGUUGGGAUGCCUCCACGUCGUCCGCUCCGUGUGACUGGCGUGGCAUUGUUUGUUACGAGAACCGAGUUUGGGAGCUCCGUUUGCCUCGCCUCCAACUCGGUGGUCGACUCAGUGACCAGCUCGCUGGCCUUGGCGAGCUUCGGAAGUUAAGCCUUCACUCUAACAACUUCAAUGGCUCCAUUCCUGACUCCCUCUCUCAGUGCUCUCUCCUCCGCGCCGUUUAUUUGCAGUACAACUCGUUCUCCGGUAACCUUCCGUCCUCCGUUUUUAACCUCACGAACUUGCAGGUCCUGAAUGUAGCUCAUAACUUCCUCUCCGGCGAAAUUCCCGGCGCUAUUUCUCUCUCUCUCCGGUAUCUAGACCUGUCCUCCAAUGAUUUCUUUGGCGAGAUACCGGCGAAAUUCACGGAGAAAUCUCAGCUUCAGCUCAUUAAUUUGUCGUACAAUCGGUUUUCUGGUGGUAUCCCGGCGAGUAUCGGCAAGCUUCAGUUGCUUGAGUAUCUGUGGCUAGACUCGAACCAGUUAGUCGGAACGCUGCCCUCAGCAAUUGCGAACUGUUCGUCGCUCAUACAUUUAAGCGCCGAAGGUAACGCGCUUAGAGGUUUGCUUCCGGGGAGCAUCGGUGCGGUUCCAAAUCUUCAGGUGCUGGCUUUAUCGCGUAAUGGGCUAUCCGGGUCAGUUCCCGAAAGUCUCUUCUGCAAAUCGGCGGGGAAUUCUUCUUUGCUGAGGAUCGUACAGUUGGGGUUUAAUGAGUUCACGGGUGUUCUUGAGCCGCCAAACGCAAGCUGCGGUAGCAUUUUGGAGGUCUUGGACCUUCACGAGAAUCACAUUCAUGGGCCAUUUCCUUCCUGGUUGACCAAUUUCACCACAUUGAGGGUUUUGGAUCUUUCGGGAAACUUCUUCACCGGUGUAUUACCGGUCGGUGUCGGCAACCUUCUCCACUUGGAAGAGCUUAGAGUAGCAAACAAUUCUAUUUCUGGUUCAGUCCCAAACGGGCUCGUGAAAUGUGGUUCAUUAGGAGUUCUUGAUCUUGAAGGUAACAUGUUUUCCGGGCCAAUGCCGGUAUUUUUGAGUGAACUGAGGAACUUGAGGGUUGUAUCUAUGGGAAGAAAUCAAUUCUCUGGUUCCAUUCCGGCCGGUCUUGGGGACAUUUCUGGGCUUGAAACGUUGAAUUUGAGUGAAAAUAACCUCACCGGAAGUGUACCGGAGGAGAUCAUGCGGCUGAGUAAUUUGAGCACUUUAAACCUCAGCUUUAACAAAUUUUCUGGUGGAAUUCCCAAUAGCUUGUGGGACUUGAAAGGUUUGGUGGUUCUGAAUUUGAGUGCAUGUGGGUUUUCAGGGAGGUUUCCGGAUGUUAGCAACUUAAUGAACUUAGCAACUCUUGAUUUGAGUAAGCAGCAGCUUUCCGGUCAGUUGCCCGUCGAGCUUUUCGGUUUGCCAAGUUUGCAGGUGGUUGCUCUGGAAGAAAACAGGUUUUCAGGCGAUGUACCCGAAGGUUUUAGCAGUUUAGUCAGUCUGCAGUACUUGAAUCUCACUUCCAAUGCAUUCACGGGUCAGAUUCCGGCCACAUUUGGGUUUCUUCGAUCAUUAGCUGUUCUCUCACUGUCUCACAAUCAAAUCUCCGGAGUGCUUCCGGCGGAGCUUGGAAACUGUUCUGAUCUUGAAGUGCUUGAGGUUCGUUCCAAUCAUUUGACAGGCAAUAUAACAGAUGAUAUCUCUAGCUUAUCUUAUUUGAAGAAGCUUGAUCUGGCGUUGAAUCAAAUUUCCGGUGGAAUUCCAUCGGAGAUUUCAAGAUGCUCCUCUUUGAAUACUCUACUAUUAGAUGGAAAUAAUUUCUCAGGUGAUAUUCCGGAUUCAUUGUCAAAAUUAUCCAACCUUACAACAUUAAACCUUUCGUCGAACAGGUUAAUCGGAGCCAUUCCUGCAAAUCUCUCCAACAUUUCUAGCUUGAAGUACUUGAAUUUGUCAGGGAAUGAUCUCCAAGGUGAAAUCCCAGAAGCUCUGGGGUCUAAAUUCAAUGAUCCUUCUGUGUUCUUAAUGAACAGAGAACUAUGUGGGAAGCCUUUAAACAGGGAAUGCGCAAAUGUAAGAAACAGAAAGAGGAGGAAGCUGAUUCUGUUAAUUGUUGUGUCUGCUGUUGGAGCUUGCCUCCUAGCAUUUUGCUGUUGUGGGUAUAUCUACAGUCUGUUCAGGUGGCGAAAGAAGCUUGGAGAAUGGGCGGUCGGGGAGAAGAAGAGGAGCCCAGCUCGGGCGAGUUCUGGGGGAGAAAGGGGCCGCGGAAGUGGGGAAAAUGGAGGACCAAAACUUGUCAUGUUCAACAACAAGAUAACGCUGGCGGAGACACUUGAGGCUACAAGACAAUUUGAUGAGGAAAAUGUAUUGAGCAGGGGUCGAUAUGGACUAGUCUUCAAGGCCACAUUUCAAGACGGUAUGGUCCUCUCCAUUCGUCGCCUUGUGGAUGGGUCAAUCAAUGAAGGGAACUUCCGGAAGGAGGCUGAAUCACUAGGCAAGGUCAAGCAUCGAAAUGUCACCGUUCUACGCGGGUACUACGCAGGACCACCAAAUUUAAGGCUGCUGGUUUAUGACUACAUGCCAAAUGGAAACUUAGCCACCCUUCUCCAGGAAGCCUCUCACCAAGAAGGGCAUAUGCUGAAUUGGCCAAUGCGCCAUCUCAUUGCGCUUGGUAUUGCUCGUGGUUUAGCCUUUCUUCAUUCAUUACCAAUAAUUCAUGGUGAUAUCAAGCCCCAAAACGUCCUAUUUGAUGCUGAUUUCGAAGCUCAUUUAUCCGAAUUCGGGUUAGAUAGAUUAACAAUAGCAACCCCAGCAGAAGCCUCCUCCUCAUCUACCCCGGUCGGUUCAUUAGGCUAUGUGGCACCAGAGGCGGCAAUGACCGGACAACCAAGUAAAGAAGCCGACGUGUACAGUUUUGGGAUUGUUCUGCUGGAAAUUCUCACCGGGAGGAAACCGGUGAUGUUCACCCAAGAUGAAGACAUAGUGAAAUGGGUGAAAAAUCAGUUACAAAAAGGCCAGAUUUCUGAAUUGCUGGAGCCUGGACUGCUUGAGCUGGACCCUGAAUCAUCAGAGUGGGAAGAAUUCUUGUUGGGUGUAAAAGUGGGACUUCUUUGCACAGCACCUGAUCCGCUUGAUCGACCAUCAAUGGCUGAUAUCGUUUUCAUGCUUGAAGGUUGCAGAGUUGGACCAGAUUUUCCUUCCUCAGCUGAUCCCACCUCCUUGCCUUCACCAAUUUAAGAAUUUUAUUUCAUUUUUUUCUAUUCCCCAUUUGAUGUACUUAAAAUUGAUCAUUCUUGUUGUUGAAAAAUAUUAAAUUCCAUUUUCGAAUUUUUUAUUUACCUUGACCCGACGGCGCUGUUGCACAAGUUUGGUGGGGGGCCCAAUAUGUUUCCCGCCAAAUACCAAAUAUGUCGAAUGGGAGGAGUACACGUGGCUAGCAAGGAAGCAAUGAAAAAGUAGCCGUUAAUGAACCAUCGGAAAAAGCAAAGAUUGGCGUCCAGAUUCGUGAAACUGUCGGUUUGGUUGUGGCACGUAGUGAGGGGGAGGAACUAGGAAGGGAAAAAAGGGUGAGCGCUUUAGAUGCUCUGGCGACUUGCCACGUCGGAUUUGAAGUGGUGUUGACUGGCACGUGGUCCCCUGACAUGAAACUGUUGUGAAACAGUAAUAGACUGACACGGAGGUG